AUGAAGCGUAGAGUUAAAGCUGAACCAGAUUUGAGUUUUGUUCAGUUGAUGCAAGAAGCAAUUACCUGGUCAGAAGAGGAGGAAACACAGACUCUUAGUAAUGUAAGGUCCACUACCCGUGCCAGAGGGGUAGUGAAUGCUGCUGCAGCACAGGAUGCUUCCUCUGCUCUGUCACUGGAGAAACUGCAUGAGGCAAUCCAGAAGAUAGCGGCUCGUCAAGAGGAACUGUAUCAAGCUGUUCAAGGGAAAGAGAGAAAUAGGCCACAGCAGAGCCGUCCAAAGAAGCAACCAUUAAAAGACAGCGAAGGCCGUUAUAUUUGUUAUUCAUGUGGUGAACCUGGACACACCAGUCGCUUUUGUCCGCAAGGUGGCAAGUUGAGGAGGGGUCCAGCUCCAUCAAAGCAUCCAGUGGAGGAGUUGGUUGAAGUUAGAGAGAAUGACUCCGGAGGUACGGUGCAGAAAAGCCCAGGGCCCUCAUUGAUUAGAUGUCACACAGCGGAAUGGCUGGCUGAUGAAACAGCUGAAAAACAUAAGGGAGGUGCUUUUGGGGAUUGCCUGUCAAUUGAGGUGAAGAUAGCUGGUGUCAAGACCAAGUGCCUCUUAGAUACAGGGUCAGAGGUGUCCACCAUAUCUGAGUCACACUUCAGGCAGCACUUCGAGGAGCAAAACCUGAAGUUAUCCUCUGCGUGCUGGGUUAAGCUGACCGCCGCCAAUGGACUGGACAUUCCUGUCUUGGGAUGCUUACAGGCUGAUGUAGAAUGUCUGGGAAAAGUACUUCUUGGGAAGUGUAUAUUCGUUCUGACUGACACAAGCCCUGAUGUGAAGGAAAUGAAAGGAAUGUCUGGGAUCAUUGGGAUGAAUAUACUCAAUGAAGUUCAGUCCUUGUUCAUCUCAGCGGAGGGAAUGGAGAGGAUUGAUAAGUAUAAUCGACGAGAUGAAGCUCAGGUUCGGAGAGUGCUUGCUAGAGUUGAGAAAGAAGCAGGACAUCUGAGGCCCGACGGAAGGAUCGGUUAUGUCAAGAUUGCCGGAAGACAGGCUGUCACUAUUCCUCCCCGCUGUGAGAAGGUGCUGGAAGGUCGUUGUGGAGUGUCACCGAGGGUAAGUAGUCAUGUGCUAGUAGAGCCAGUAGCUGGAACAAGUUUGCCAAAAGGACUUCUAGUGGCUCACGUUCUUGCCAAAACAGAGGGUGGAAAGGUCCCUGUGCGUAUGGUGAACUUGAGUGGAAAGGCUGUUAGACUUGCUCCCCGAGCCAGGGUGGCUUCUGUGUAUAGGCCCAAAGAGGUCAUCACAAAGGAUAUGCUUGAAUUUGAGGAAGAUGAUGGCGCACUUCAUGUCAAGGAGUUGGUGGAAGACAAGGUUCAAGCUGAUAAAAACUCACUUGUACAACUACCAGUUCCUGUUGAAGUGAACUAUGAAGGACUCACACCAGAACAAUGUGAGAGGCUCAUUGGGUUGUUAUCUAAGCACAGAGAAGUUUUCUCCAAGGAUGACCAAGAUUAUGGCUACACCACGGCUGUGGUGCACAAUAUUCCUACAGGUGAAGCACCACCAAUAAAGCAGCGACAUCGUAGAGUACCACCACAGAUAUUCCAAGAGGUCAAAAGGCAUGUCCAAGAUCUGGUGUCCCAGGGAGUUCUCAAAGAGAGCAGCAGUCCCUGGGCAUCACCCGCAGUUAUCGUCAUGAAGAAAGAUGGCAGUGUGCGUUUCUGCUGUGAUUACCGAAAGUUGAACCAAGUGACGUGUAAGGAUGCAUAUCCGCUUCCACGGGUGGAUGAGUCCUUGGACGCUUUGGGUAAUAGUAAGCUGUUCUCUACACUAGACCUGACUGCUGGGUACUUUCAGGUAGCGGUGAGUGAGAAGGAUCGAGAGAAGACGGCUGUCACCACCCCAUUUGGCCUGUUUGAGUGGACCAGGAUGCCAUUCGGGUUGUGCAACGCCCCGGCCACCUUUCAGCGCCUUAUGGGAGUGGUUCUUGGUGACUUGACCUUUGACGUUCUUCUGGUUUAUCUGGAUGAUGUCAUCAUCUUCUCCAAAGACUUUGAGAGCCACUGUGAGAGGUUAGAAAUUGUCUUCAACCGUCUGAAACAGCAUGGGCUAAAGCUAAAGCCGAGCAAAUGCUUUCUCUUAAGGCCAGAAGUAAAGUUUUUGGGGCACAAGAUCUCCGCAGAAGGCAUAAAAGUGGAUAACGAAAAAAUUCAAGUCCUGGACACGUGGCCAGUUCCGAAAAGUGUAAGAGAGGUCAGGCAAGUACUUGGGUUUAUGAGCUACUAUAGAAAAUUCGUUCCAAGGUUCGCACAGAUUGCCAAACCACUACAUGCUUUGGUAGGUGGAGAAAAGAAAAGCAGAACCUCUACAAAUUUCACCUGGAGCCAAGAAUGCCAGAUUGCAUUUGACGAGUUGAAGGGGUGCUUGAUGUCUCCCCCCAUCCUCGCAUACCCCGACUUCAGUUUGUCCUUCACCCUUGCCACGGAUGGAAGCCAUCACGGACUGGGGGCUGUACUCAGUCAGAAGCAAGGAGGGACUGAGCGUGUUGUGGCAUAUGCAAGCAGGGGUCUGAGAAGAUCAGAGAAGAAUGACAAAAACUAUAGUGCGUUUAAGCUGGAACUGCUUGCGUUGAAGUGGGCAGUUACGGAAAAAUUCAGAGAAUACCUUAUGUGUUCAAAAUUCACCGUGAUUACCGACCAUAACCCGCUACGUUACCUUGAUUCGGCUAACCUUGGCGCAGUUGAGCAACGCUGGGUAGCACAACUGGCGGAGUACAACUUUGAAGUAUGCUACAAACCUGGCCGACUCAACACGAAUGCAGAUGCAUUAUCGAGAAUCCCUGCCAGGGAGGAAUCGGAGAAGGAUGAUGAUGGCAAGGAUUUCAUCCGGCUAGGAGCUGACGAAGUGAGGGCAUGUUUGUGGCCAGCCAAAAAGAUUGUCCAGGAGGAACCUGAAGGUAAAGCUGCGGUGCAAGCAUCUGUACGAGGAGAAAUAAGUGGUUAUAGCUGGAGCGAGAUUGGAAAGCACCAACGAAAUGACCCUGUGAUCUGUCCCAUUUAUAAAGCAGUGGCCGAGGGCAAGAAACCAAGCAGAGUGGGUCAAAGUUGUAUGGACCCGAAACUGAAGAAGCUUGCCAAGGAGUUUGACCGUCUUAAGCUGCGGCAGGGAGUGCUAUUCAGAUGCAUCCUCGACCCUAGGGAUGGAGAGGAGGUCUGGCAGGUGGUCGUUCCUGAACCUUUACAGCGUGAGGUGUAUGAGGGCCAACAUGAACACGGAGGUCAUUUCGGGGAGAGAAGUACAUAGACUCGAAUGAGACGUAAUUACUACUGGCCUUCUAUGUCUGUGGAUGUUCCAUGUUGGAUAAGACAGUGCAA